CCUUACUGAUGAUGCUAGUAGCCAAGAGCUGGCAAAAACGGAUUGGCUCCACAGUUGGUUUGUGUCCUUGCUUGUAAUUCCAUUAUAGGAUCAUCCCCGAGAGCAAUCCCUGUCUUGCCGUAUCCUUAGGCUAAUUCCUAGUUCUAAUUGGCUAAACUGAGGCUUAAACAGGCGCAAAGGCUCCAAAGUCUUUGGUUGGCGGGAAGAAAGGAUGGCAGCGCAAGCACGCCUCGUUGAGGAGCGGAAGGAUUGGCGAAAAGAUCAUCCGCCUGGCAUGGUCGCUAAGCCAGCAACACGCUCUGACGGCAGCACCAACAUGUUCGAGUGGGAGUGCAAAGUACCGGGAUUGAAGGACACCUUCUGUGAAGGGGGCAUGUUUCCGUUAACAAUAAAGUUCUCUCCAGAGCAUCCUCACAAGCCGCCGCGCGUCUAUAUGCCCAGGGGUUUCUUCCACGUAAAUGUGUUCGAGGAUGGAGGUGUGUGUCUGUCCAUCCUCAAGGAGGUCGUGCCCGGGCACCUAGGAGAUGUCUCCGGCUGGCGACCCAACUUCACCGUCAAAACCAUUCUGGUGGCGAUCCAGGAGCUGCUGAGCAACCCGAACUUUGGCAGUGUUGCCAACAUGCAGGUGCAUGCGAUGAAGAAGCGAAGCCAGAAGGAGUACUUGCGGCAGAUGCGAGAGCAAACAACGAAGUACACGCCCAAGGAUGAUGAGAGCUAAUCAUUAGCUACGUGCACUUCGUUCGUUCGACAGGUCCAUGCUUGACUGUUUGUAGGUUUGAUAACGACUAACCUACCCCUCCUGGUGAGACAUCAAUCCUUCGUGGAGGUUUGGUCUUUUUCUUUCGCUGCUUGCGUAGUCUCCUGGACAAGCAGAGUCUGCAUGUCAUGCGCUGUGGACGUUUUCCUUUGUUUGUGGGUGUUUUUCCGUUUGUCGACAUUCUUUCAUGAAAAACUGCUGACUGCAUUGCAUCAUGUUGCUAAGCUCCGUGCAGCAAGGGUGGCAAGGAUGCCGGCCUAAUAUUGCAAAGGCGUUCUCGUGUCUGGCUGGACGGGUAUAGUGAGGAGGCUGCUUAAUGGUUGGGAGGCCUUCUCCGAGAAACAUAUAUAGUUUCCCAAAGCCUCUGCUCUUGUAACACGUAUGGC